GGAGGGGGCAGCGCUCGCUGCUGGAUCGCUUAUCUGAGAUUUCAAAGUCCGCCUUUCGCCCGUGUGCUCUCCCCACUCCGCGGACCCGCCAUGGAUGUUUCUCCUGGAUGUGCAUUCUUUAUUCUUUUCCUUCACUUUCACUAUGCGGAUACUCUUUACAUCGCCGACAGUAUAGAUUCCCUACAGCAUGUCUUAAGGGAGUAUGGGCUAGUGAGGCCAGUGAGCGUGGAUGCAGAUGGACACUUCCUCUCCCAUGCCGUCUCUGCCAGCCGGCUGAGUGGGCAGUGGUCCCACCGGCGCUGGAGGCGAGAGGCCAACCAGCGUGGAGAGACCAAUGAGUCAGAGAUGAACUCAGACCAGGACCACCUGAGGCACAAGGAGACACUCUUUUAUAACGUAACUAUUUUCGGGCAGGAGUUUCACCUUCGCCUCAGGCUUAAUUCAAGGCUCGUGGCCCCAGGAGCCAAAGUGGAGUGGCUUGAGGACAAUAACCAAACACAUUCGGAGCCCUUGCUGCCUAGUGACUGUUUAUAUGUGGGUUAUGUUACCAAUGUGCAGGAUACAUCAGUGGCAAUCAGCAACUUCGAUGGCCUGGCGGGGAUGAUCCGUGCAGGUCAAGAGGAGUUUUUUAUCGAACCACUGGAGAGAGGAGGCGAUAUGACAGGAGAGGAGGAAGGAGGGCCUGGGCGACAUCACAUUGUCUACCGCUCCUCAGACAUCAAGAGGCCACCCGUCAAUCAGCCUGCUGACUUUCAGCCAAGAGGUUCUCCUCUGGGUGGUCUGAAUGGAAUGGAGUUCUUACCUCACAGUUUUAAGAAGAGAGUAAAGAGUAAUACACGAGCACGCCGAGAGACUUAUGAAGAUGACAUCUUUAACAUCGAGGUUCUGCUGGGGGUGGACUGCUCUGUGGUGAUGUUCCAUGGCAGAGAACAUAUCCAGAAGUAUCUGCUGACUCUUAUGAACAUUGUGAAUGAGAUUUAUCAGGACAGCUCUCUGGGUGCCCAUAUUAAUGUUGUGCUGGUUAGAAUCAUGAUGCUCUGUUCCUCCAAGUCCAUGGGUUUGAUUGAGCUGGGCAACGCCUCUCAGAGUCUAGAGAACGUGUGUCGCUGGGCCUUCCUGCAGCAGAAAGAGGACAAGAAUGAUGCUGAAUACCAUGAUCAUGCUAUUUUCCUUACCAGACAAGAGUUUGGGCCCACUGGCAUGCAGGGUUAUGCUCCUGUAACAGGCAUGUGUCAUCCUGUGAGAAGUUGCACUCUGAAUCACGAGGAUGGCUUCUCCUCUGCUUUUGUUGUGGCCCAUGAGACAGGACACGUGCUGGGGAUGGAACAUGAUGGCCAGGCGAAUGAGUGUGGAGAUGAGGUGCCCAUGGGCAGUAUAAUGGCUCCUCUGGUUCAAGCAGCCUUCCACCGCUUCCACUGGUCCAGAUGCAGUCAACAGGAGCUCAGUCGAUACCUCAAUACAUAUGACUGUCUCCGUGAUGACCCCUUUGAUCACGAGUGGCCAACUCUGCCCCAGCUGCCUGGUCUCCACUAUUCUAUGAAUGAACAGUGCCGCUUUGAUUUUGGAAUGGGCUACAUGAUGUGCACUGCGUACAGCACCUACGACCCAUGCAAGCAGCUGUGGUGCAGCCACCCAGAGAACCCUUUCUUCUGCAAGACCAAAAAGGGCCCUCCCAUCGAUGGCACUAAGUGUGCAACAGGGAAGCACUGUUUUAAGGGUCACUGUAUCAAGUUGACACCAGACAUUCUCAGGCAGGAUGGCCACUGGGGUCAGUGGACCAAGUUUGGUUCCUGUUCUCGCAGCUGUGGCGGUGGAGUACAGUUCCGCACUCGCGAGUGUAACAACCCAAUUCCGGCUAAUGGGGGGCGCACCUGUUAUGGAAACAACUAUGAGUUCCAGCUUUGUAACACUGAGGAGUGUGCAAAGGCCCUGGCUGAUUUCAGAGAAGAGCAGUGCAAGAUGUGGAACCCCCACUUUGAGCACGAGGACACCAAACACAAUUGGCUGCCCUACGAACACCCUGAACCUGAGGAGAGAUGUCAACUCUACUGCCAGUCAAAGGAGACCGGAGAUGUGGUGUCUAUGAAGAGAAUGGUGCAUGACGGCACACGGUGCUCCUACAAAGACCCUUACAGUGUGUGUGUGCGAGGGGAGUGUGAGAAAGUGGGCUGUGACAAUGUGAUCGCUUCAGAGCUUGAGGACGAUAAGUGUGGGGUGUGUGGAGGAGAUAACUCCACCUGUAAGAUUGUCAAAGGCAACUUCACCCGCAGCACGAGGAAACCAGGUUUUCUGAAGAUCCUGGAGAUUCCAAGAGGAGCACGGCACAUAAUGAUCCGUGAAUUCAAAGGAACCCCACAUAUUCUUGCGGUGAAGAACCAAGCAACAGAACAUCUCUUUCUGAACGACGAGGGAGAUUUUCCAGAGUCACGUACAGUGAUCGAAAAAGGUGUGGCAUGGGAGUACACCAACAAUGAUGACAUGGAGACGGUCCAGACAACCGGACCACUCAAAUAUGGAGUUCUUAUCAUGGUUCACUCCCAGAGUACUUUUAAAGUCACACUUUCAUACAAGUACAUACUGGCGGAAGAGCCGCUUUCAUCAAUGGAGAAUACCCUACCUCAGGAUGACACGGUCUAUUUUGAGUGGGCUCUGAGGAAGUGGUCGCACUGCUCCAAGCCAUGUGGCGGAGGGAAACAGUACACGCGUUUUGGAUGCCGGAGGAAGUUGGAUGGCAAAAUGGUGCACCGCACGCUCUGCUCCAACAUACCCAAACCUCGAGCCAUCAGUCGAGCCUGUAACCAGAAGGAGUGCUCAGAACCAAUCUGGGUGACAGGAGAAUGGGAGGAGUGCAGUAAAUCAUGUGGUAAGACUGGUUCUCAGACUCGACCUGUGCGCUGUGUGAGACCUGAGGUGGACGGAUCAUACAAAGCCGUCAACGCCAAAUACUGUAAUGAUGACCGGCCAGAGGGACGCCGUUCCUGUAAUCGCCACCUGUGCCCCGCACAGUGGAGAACUGGACCUUGGUCUCAGUGCUCAGUGACCUGUGGCAAUGGAACUCAGGAGCAGCAGGUUAUGUGCAGCACACCUGACAAUGCCAUUGGCAUUUGCAUGGACACCAAACCUGAGAGCAUUAGAACAUGUCAGCUGGCGCCAUGUCCAAAUGACAGAGGAAACUUCCUCAUCCAGUGGCUCUCCAGAGCGGACCCUGAGUUCCCAGCACCCAAGAUCUCCUCAAGGUUUCGCUGUAAAGGAGAUAAGUCUGUGUUCUGUCGGAUGGAGGUUUUAAGUAAGUACUGCUCCAAUCCUGGCUAUAGACAGAUGUGCUGCAAGUCUUGCAACGAGGGUAACUAUACCACAGAAUUCAACGUUACUAGACCCUGGACCUAUGCUACUGUUGCACCUCCCGUAACCUCCACUGCAACAGCUCCUGUUCAGACCACACAGAUGUACAGGACCUCACUGAAGCCCAGCACUCACAGCAGCCGUUUAGCAGGCACACCAUCUGUCAGCAGGUGGAGAAGACCCAGUACCACUGCCACACCUUGGGGCUACACAACCACUGCCAACCCAUUGACCCUAAGGAGAGAAACGACAAUCGCUUGCACCACUAAUACUGUCACUAUGGAAAACCAGCAUACUAGCACACCCACCUACAAGGAGGACACCAGCGCCCCCUUCUACGAGGAGGAAACUUGGAGCGGUGUCUCAGCAGAACACAUCUCAGAAUCAGAAUCAUCUGAGUCCGUCUCAUUUUCUGCAGAGCCCUGGCCAGUCACUUCGAUAUUUACCAGUACUGUUGAUGAUGAAAGACUUGACACAUCUAUUAUGACAACGCCACCGCCUAGAGUUACAGCAACAAGCCCUCCUGCCAUAGUUACUCUCCAUAGGUCAGAGGAUAAAAAGGAAAAUAACUCCAUUGAUGUGUCCUACAGGAUUGUCAGUUUAAACGAAGUUGCACUUAACCACUUUGUUCUCAGAAAGCUAAUGCCGUUCCGUGAGAAAAUACAAAAUAAAAGGAUUCAAGAGCUCCUCGCAGAGAAAAGGAGGCAAGACUUUCUCCUACAAAGACGGAAAAUAAAGCCAAGAGAAUGAUAAAUUGUUUUCUCUCUUUCCAGUUCCGUUAUCCCUGGUGAUCUUAUGGUAUUAUGUGAGUACAUUUAACAUGAUUUUACAGGAAGUAACAUGAGAUCACAGUCUUACUUGUGAUAUCUGUUCAAGGAAUCUUAAUACAUGUGAUCUGGGAAAGAAGCAUUACCAUAUUCAAUGUUUAACUAAAAAUGACAGUAUCCCAUUGGUUUACAACAUUUUGCUAUUUAAAAAAAGAUUGAAUGAACAUUUGAAUCUGUCUAAUGUUUUAAAGUUGAAGUGUCCAUGUUAAUGUUAAAAUACUUUAUCCUAUCCCAGCUUAAUGUGCAAACACAACUAAGUAAGUUUGUAGGUUUAUUCCCCUUAAACAAUCAAUCAAUUUUGUAGGUUGAUUCCAAUUUAAACAACUGUUUGUUUAAACAUCCUGACCAAUCUAAAACAGCAAUACUGGCUCAACCAAUAGAGUGAGUUUGGGGGUGGGACUAUCUGUGAUCAACCAAUGGAAGACAGGGUGUUUAGAGAAACCUUUUUGCAAUAGAGCUUAAAAGAGCACAUGGGUGCACCCCAUUUUCAGCCAUCUUGGUUCCCAUUUUUUCCAUUAAUUUUUUCUAUAGGCUUUUCUUAAAAUCCUUCAUAAAAAAGUUCUAAUCCAUGCACCAAACCAACCAGCUCCAAGGUGAAUCACAACAUGACAAACUUUGAUCUAAAGCAAAAGUAUUUGAAAAUCGGACAAAAAGACAAAGAUACAAGACUGUGUACUUCACGUCUUUCAUGAGGAAAUGAACUACAAUCCCAUGAUGCAUUGCAAAUGACGUAAUUGAAUUAAAAACUAUGGAGAAAUAUAAAACUAUUGAUUUAAAGUUGUUGAUUGUAAGUAUAGGAUCAAUAUAUUUAAAUUAUAUCACAAAAUAUUGACAUUUGACUUGGUUUGUUUGCUGCGAUUUUCUCUAAUUGGUUGAUCUUUCUCUGCAGGAACAUGGGAAGUGUAGUUCUUCAUCAGGAAUUCUGCUAUUAAGCGCAAUUUUGUAAAAAGUUGAAAUAACACAGACUGAUGGCUUCAGCAGAAUGAUUUGUCAGCAUCUGGUUCAUCUUACAUAAAACUGAAAUUUUCCAGCAUAAAAAGAUGUCCCAAAUUGCAUUUUAGUUGCACCAUGACAUCGCAAUGAAGUUUUUAUGGUGCUAACUCCACAACCUAAAGGGUCCUUUGUCCUGUGAAACUCCUGUGAGCCUUAUGUUGAAAAACAUUGUUUUCAUACCACUAAUGUUGAUUGCUUUGGCAUUUUGUUUUCAUUAUGAAAAAUAUUGUUAUCACAGAGAUUCAUCUUGCUUACGACUUCUCUGCACAAAUCUGAAUUAUCUUACUAUAUGUUGUAAAUAUUAACUAGAAUUAUAUUUGUUGUAUUUAUUGAAGUGCCUAUUACAUUAAAGGAGUUUUAAUACACAACUCACCUCAUGCCAUCUCAGAUGGGUAUGACUUUCUUUCUUCUGCUGAACACAAAGAUUUUAGAAGAAUGCCUCAAAUCUGUAGAUCUAUACAAUGCAAGUGAAUGGUAACCAAAACUUUGAAGCUCCAAAAAUCACAUAAAGUAAAUAUUGAUCUGUUUCUCACCCACACCUAUCAUAUCGAUUCAGAAGACAUGGAUUUAACCACUGGAGUCUUAUUGAUUAAUUUUAUGCUGCCUUUAUGUUCUUUUUGGACCUUCAAUGUUCUGAUCACCAUUCACUUGCAUUGUAUGGACAUAGAGAGCAGAAAUAUUCUUCUAAAAAUCUUUGUGUUCUGCAGAAGAAAGUCAUACACAUUGGGUUUGCAUGAGGGUGAGUAAGUGAUGAGUUUCCUUUUUGGGUGAACUAUUACUUUAAGUGAAUGCUUUCUUCAAAGGCAUUGUGCAUAUCAGUCCACUUUGUGCUUUUUGUGCAUGCGGCAUGAGUGACAAUUCUACACAUAUCCUAGAAACACAGGAAGCAAUACUGAUAUCUUCUCCACACUGUCUGAGCACCGUCUUGAAGAGUCAGUGUACGAAUAUUUGGAAAAUGCAGUGGGCGUCUAUGUUCUUGAUUUAUGACUGUCUGCAUUCUUGAUUUAAGGGGUAUGAGUGAACGCCUACAUUCUUGAUUCAUCAAAUUCUUGAUUUAAUAAAGCUGCA